GCCUUUGAUUGGUAUUGUAGACAGAAGAUAAAUACUCUGAAAGGCGAUGAAAGCACUGUUAUGAUAAAGGCAAACGGUCUAAGAAGCAACUAAGAAUUGAGUUCUAGUUGCUAGGCAGUUAAAUGGCCAGCCGGCCUAUGCAGUCACGGGAACCAUUUAAUUCACUCUUUGAAACAACAGUAUUUAACAGAAGGUGUUCUAGAUAUUAUUUUAAAUAAUUUUCUAAGAGUAUAUCUUUUUCAAUUGUAUUUUCAUAUGAUUUUCAACUUUGGAUUGUUCUACAAAAUUACUGUUUUAAAUCAGUGGUGCUUGACCACAUGGUGGCGCUAUUAAACUUGAGACGUCUUGGUGAUUUGCAAACAGAACGUCUUCGAAGUUUUGUUUAGCAAAAAUAAAGAGGUGGUGUUUACGCUGUUGUUGUAAAGAGAUGGUAUUUUCUGAGAAGUAUGACAAAUCGUCCUAAAAGUGGUCGAUUGACUAACCGGAAUUUGAGAUUUUUGAGUCUGUCUUGUAAAGAGAGGGGUUAUACAAUAGAAGAACGUCCCCAUGGAGGAUACAAAGGUCUUUCUAAGCAGUACCCCCUGUCGGUUCUGGCAUUUGAUAAGCCGGCGGAGUACCUAAAAAACGUGAGAAAAUGUGUUGCAGAUGACUAUGAAGAAGAAAAGCAGCGAAGGCUAAAUGCCCCUGCAUGGAUGAGCUGGGCUAACAAGAUGAAGAACCACACAGGAGAGCAGGCACUGAUGGUGCAGAAAUAUCUGGCUAGUAAUAAGGAUGAACAAGUUAAAGGUGUGCUUUCAUCGUAUACUGAAAGAAUGCAAAACAGGUGUAACAGCGCCCCCAGUGACCCAGACAAAAUGCUUGUAAAAACCAACAGCACACAUCAGUUUUUGACAUCGACCGAUAGAUAUGGAGAGUCAGCAGAAUUGGUAGAUAUCUCACUUGGACGACCAACACGCGCGAGUUUGCUGCGUGUACACCAUCGAUCACAGUCUGCACCUCAGGUGAGGGCGCCCUUGGAGAAUAAGACAUUCUUACAUCGACAGCAAAAGAUGGCAAUGAAAAAAGAAGACAAGUACAAGACCGCAGAUGUUCCAAAGGACCUACAACCUAUAACCCAUAAUGGUGAAACUAUCUAUGAAUUUCUUGUUGGAGCCAGGUAUAACAGGUCUUAUUGUGCAGAUGCAACCUCCAUGUCAAAGUUAGGCUUGUAUGUCUCCAGGGAUGAACCAUUACGAUGUUUCCUCCAUCGGCCAUUUCAGGUUCCCCAAGGGGCUAGUAAAGACGUUAACUACCAAUCCCCUCAGAGUAGCCUGGCAAGCAACAGUCUUCCACAGAGCACAGAACGUAUUUUUCAACACGAUGACGCAAAAUCUCUUUCAUUGCAUGUGAAGUCAGCGUGGGAGAAGAAUGAUCCUGUAACAGCACUCAGUCGACCUACUACCGCACUGAUGCCUACCUCUCACAUUAACCAAGAUAAUUUUGGAGGAGCAGUUACGACUUCAAGCUAUGGUUCCAAGAAGAUGGAGAAAGAAGUAAAAUCUGACGAGCACAAAGAACCAUACUGUGUAAUGUGUCACGGUGGAGUGCCAAAGCAUGCAGUGGCAUCAAAGAAGCAAAACACAGUAAGGAAUAAAGAUGAACAGGAAUGUGCUGAUCAUUUGAACCAGGAUGAUCACUGGAAGAAAUCUUAUGUAAACAUCUUGGAGCAAAACUAUCAUUUAAAUAUAACCGGAACGAGAGUUGGCUUUCACAGUACUAAACCAUCUGCACCGAGAAGCAGUCAUCUUCAUUAUUCUAUGUCAUCCACACUUUAUCGGCAGAACAAGAAAACAGUCAGGCCACAUAAUAACAUGAACAACAACCACCCAAGCCGACCAGCAUCAACACAUAAUGGAUCAAUAACUGGAAGGUCAGACAGUGAGUCAAGUAGUGAUAGGUCAGGCAGUAGCAUUCAUGUUGCUAUACCAGCAAUGCCAACCUCUGGGGAGGUUGAUAUGCCGAAAGAAGUAAUCACAAACUCUGCACAAGGCACCAGAGGCAACCACUUGAAAGAAAAUUGUGCAGUAGUGUCUGAAGAUCAAAAGGAAGUAGAUUGUGGCUGUCGAUGGAAGGAAUUUGCAAAUCAGAAUGGUGCCUCAACUCAUAGUGUUCCUACUAAUGAUGAAGGAACUCUGGGAAUAUCUACCAGUGACAGUGGAAAAUCAAUUGGUGUUGACCCCAAAGAGGAUCAAAAAGAUGCAAUUGUCAAAGGUGGCAAAGCACAGAUUAGUGUUCCUGGUACUAAAGAUAGCAGAGGAAUGCAAGAUCCAUCAACUGAUGAUAGUAACACAAACCAGAAGGUAGCUGAACAGACAGAAUGUGAACAACAAACAGAAGAUGUUAGUGAGAAAGACAAGGAACCUGAAGAAGCACUUCCUGAUUACCAGCCACAAGAGGAUGGAGAUCAGCAUGACUCUUGACAAGGUUGAUACUUCAGAAUUAGGUCAAACACGUAACAUCAGAACACCCCUAGACAAGAAUUAGCACAAACAAGGUAACAGAAUAUCAAAAUUCACAAGAUGAAAGUUGAAUUUAAAGAAAAUGUUUCUGUGUUACCAAUAGAAGAGAUGAUGUGGAAUUGGACAAAACUUAGCUGAAUCACAUUUCAGAACACAUCAUGAAUGUGUAUCAUUGGAAAAAAACACUGACAACAAAAUAUAUACCAGAAUUUACAUGAUUACUGAAUGUACAAUUAAUUGCUAUACAAAUAUCUUGGCUAUACAGUAUAUGAAUUUCAUCUAUUGUUCGAACUGUGGUGUAACUCACUUUGUGUGCUGUAAUUUGAAAAUAACCACAGGUCACCAAAUUAGCAAUAAAUUGCAUGUUUUUAAAAAAAAAUUACUUUAUCAUGCAUUCAGGAUUAUAGGGUCUGUACAAACUGACCUUCAGAGUGAUCUGGCAAUCAGCAACCUAGUAUUCAGAAAACUGUAUAAGGUAGAAUUACCUCCUGGGUAGGGAGAAAUACUGAACUGUAAAUGAAAAUUCUUGCAAACCUAAUGACACAAAUAAUUCUAGUACAGUAUUCAGUUUUAUAUUGUUAUCAAUUUUAUACAUUCCAGAAUAUACUGGAUCAAAGUAUGUAUAUUGUUUUUGAUGGUUUUUGCAUAGGGUAGUUUAUACCAUAAUGCAAAGAGGAGUAUUUCAGUUCCUUUGAACUGUUGGUAUUACUACAAUACUUGUAAUAAGCGAUUAAUUGUAUUAGAGUUUGUCAAAUUUACUUUAAUUUUGAAGCAAAUUCCUUAACCAAAGAAUUCUAGCACAUACUGUAUGACAUUUGUUUAUUCCUAUAAAUUUAAUCAAGUGUUUUUUACCAGUUUCAGUAAGUUUUCCAAUUGCAAAGAUUUUAUUAUACUGUACAUACAGUAGGCCAAAAAUUUAUCUUAUUAUAAUUCUUUUAGUAAUAUUAUUUAUUAGUAUAUUGUAUUUUAUGUCUCUAUCGUAUGUACCGGUAUUCUACUUUGAGAAUUACAUUUACAGUAAAUACUUUUGUAAUACCUUAAUAAACUGUAUAUUUCAUUCAAUUUUAUGUACACAUUGUCUACCAUAAAUUCUCUAUAUUUUCUUUUAUAUAUUUUUAUAUAAUCAUCUUGAAAUGAAAAUGUUGAUGUGCAAUCUAUUUUCAGAUAUCUUAUUAGUGUACCUAUUUGAAUAUUUAUGUUAUUUGCAUAAUUCUUUGAACAUUCAUAUAUUAAAAGUUGUUUUUUUUUCAUAUUUUACAUGCAUAAUUCUUACAAAUGUUUGGAAUGCCUGCAAAGAACAGAGGAUUAAAACCUCUUGAGCUAGGCCUACUACAAGCAAUUUCAAUACUUGCAAUGUUGUAUUAAUGUGUUUUUUUUUUUUAAUGAUUGGUGUUAGCAGUACUGUUUACAUAUUUUUAAUGGUAUAGGGCUCACCAGACAGUGGUGGCGCCAGCGGGGGGGGGGGGGGGACAGGGGGGGGGGUGGACAUUUGCCCACCCGUCAGACAGGCCUGGACCCCUUGUCGUCCGAGGAACGACUGCUUCGUCGGACCAAAAAUUUAAAAAAAUAAUUUGCCUAUCCAAAUACAUAACGCUAUUUUGAUUGCCAAUCCCAAAUAUUGUGGUCUAAAAGCACAUUUAGGACCAAAUUAAGCAUAAAAACUCUCCCCAUAAACCCUAACUGGUAUUUUAUUUAUUCCGGGCCUUUGACCGAGGCUUCGUCAUCGUCUUGGUCCGGACCCCUCCGUCGGACAAGUCGGACCCCUUGUCGGCAAAUUUCUGGCGCCACCGCUGUCACUAGACACCUAAAUUUGUAUAUUCAGAUUUUUAUUCUACUAAGCAUCCUUGAUUUAAUGUCAUUAAGGACAAAUUUCAUAGUAUUCAUUUAAAUAAUUCAAUUACAACAAAUGCAUAUAUUCUUAAAUGUUUAUCUUUAAUAGUGGUCCAGAUGAAUUCCUAAUAUAUUUACUGUAGUAGGUGUUCUAGGUUUAAUAAAAAUGCACGUUAAAAACAAACUUA